AUUCCAAGCUAGAAUAUCUGUGAGCAUUACUAUGAUGAUUCCCUAGCAAAUCGCCCCACACAAGUGUCAUGACUUUUUAUGCCCCCCCCCAAAUUUGUUCUUCACCUAGCUUGCCUCAAAAUUGAUUUAUGGAUUCAUUGAUCUUUUGUAUUCUCUGUGGACAUAGUCGUCCCUUUGUUGAGAGGAGCUUGUGUUUUAUUUUUCACAUGAAUCCCGUUGGUUUAAUUCUCUUUGUAGUUCGGUUGUGCUGAAUUUUGGUUUGACCGGAUCCACGACAAUGUUCCCUAUUUACUCUCAGGUCAUAUGUGACAACAAUAGGUUAUUCACUCAUUUUGCUUUGAUCAGCAGUAGCAGAAGCACUGGUUCAUGUUUUUUUGCCUGAACUCUAGUUGAUCUCUAGGAGCACAACUCUACUCUAUUUACUGUCUAUUUGCAGGCUUGCGGCAAUAUCUUUAGCUCCCCUUUUCUUUUGAUUUUUUAGUGACAACACCAUAUCAUUUUUUCAUCUUAUCAUUAGGUCACGGUACUUGGUGUCGUAGCAGGUUUUGGUUUGAUAGUUUCUAGUUCUUGUGUUUUAAUUUUGGUGUGCAAUAAUAGUAGCAUGCUAGGUUUAGUUUAUUCUUGGCAAGGUCAUUUUCAAGUGUUUGUAAAUCAAUUCAUGCACUAUUCUUUUAUCUUUGUCCCUAGUAGUUGUAUGGCAAUCGGAGUUUGGCUUGUCCAUUUAGAACGAGAGUUUUAGUUCAGAAUUUCACUUCCUGUGAAGUGUCAUUUUUUUACAGGCUACAAUGAGCACUAUUCAUUGCUUCUUUUAGUUGCUUUUAUUUCAAUUAUUUACUUCUACCGAGUUCUAUUAGAAGGUAAAAAUUGCAUCAGUUGGGCUCCUAUUUUUUAACUAAUUUGCGUAGUGUUUUGGUUUGAUGUCAUCAAGUGCUAGCUAUGGGAUUUCAUUUAAGGGUGCUAACUUUAGUUCAAUAUACUAUCAGUAGUACUAGUAAGCUCCCAGUUGUAUAGAUAUGCUUCUGUGCACGACAAUUGGUUUAUUUUCUUCCAAGUUAUUAGCGCAAAUUUUGCCUAGUUUGUUAGGUUGUGUUUUGCCUCUGCAUUGCAUCAAACAUUUCCAGUACAUUUGUUUGUCAUGCGCUGGUUAAAUACAUAUUUCCUUAACACACACAAUUUCUUUUUGAAAUUUCAAAGAAUAUAGGUGUUCAUGUGCAAGUUCAUACUGCAAAUAAUUUAUCUUUUUCCUAGUAGUUUUUGUGGUAAUGACCAUCAGGCCCGCUUGUGUGAUCUGUUAAAAGUUCAAUGUCAAUCACAUUACAUUAACAACAUACGCCAAUUACAUGGAGUUCCAAACUACCCAUAUUCGCCAUAAUAUUUUGAGCUACUUAUGCUAAUUUUGGAAUACGGGGGGUCAGCCCAUAUAAUGCCCAAUAUUGAUGGCUACUAGAAGAUGUAGAGGGUUAGCUGAUUGUAAUAGGGCUUAUAUGGAACCUGAAGAAAAUGAUAGCUCCGAGGCCGCAUCUGAAUCUGAUGAUAUUGAACUGAUUGACUGUGAUGUUGAUUCUGAUGAAAUUGAUGGCUCUUCUUCUAGUGAUGAUGUUGAAUUGAAGCGCGAAUUGUACAAGCAAGUUCUACUAGAUUUCAACAGGAUUAAAGAACUUAAAAGGAAACUUAAGACGUCUUUUAGUCAUCAGAGAAAGAAGAUGAAGUCUUCCAAGAAACCCAAAGAUGCUUUCACAAGAUUUUCUGUUAAAGCUUUUUCCUCAGUCAUAGAAGCUCUUACUCCAGAUGAGAAGAUAGUCAUUGAGAGAUAUGGUUUUGGAGCCCUACUACAUUUUGAUAAGUGUUUUGUCCCGAACAAUUUUUCCAAAUGGGUAGCCAAUCUUGUUGAUUACAAAUCUGGAGAUAUAGUUCUUGAUGGAAAGGUUAUAUCACUGACCAAGGAAUCUGUUCAUUCUGUUCUUGGCCUCCCUAUUGGUGGAUUUGCAUUCCCUUCUGGUACUGUCUCAGGCAAAUCUACUGUUCUUGAAAAGAUUGGGAAGUCAUCAAUGCCCUCAGUAACUUUUUUUGUUAAUAAGCUAACCAAGAACAAAGAAAUUCUGCCCGAUGAAGAUUUUUUCAUCUGUUUCAUGCUUGUUGCUCUCAACACAAUCUUGUGUCCGAACUCUUCUGUCUCGCUUAGCCCUAAACAUUUUGUGAUUUUUGCUGAUGUUGAAAGAGCUAAAGAGUUUGACUGGUCAGCAUAUGUUCUAAAUUGGCUAAUUGAAUCUAUCAAGUUGUUCAAAAAAGGUAAAUCUUCUAAAGCAACAGAUUCAACAACACUCGGGGGUUGUCUGUACUGCCUUGCUGUCAUGUAUCUUGACUAUGUUGACUUUGGACCUCGUCGUCCCCCUCACACAUUGCCCCGCAUAUCUAUUUGGAAAGGUGAUAUGAUCAAGACUUAUUCUGAUCUUGACCUCAAGUCCCCUGGUUGUUAUGGUUUUCGCCCGUUGCUGGAUUAUUGCGAUACCUGUUAUUCAAAGAAUCCACACCUAUUUGACAAUCCCACGUCUGCUGCCUCCACUAAUUCUGAGUUUUUGGCCAUGAUUGACUCAGUGUCAAGGUGUAAGCUUCCACUUGCUCUCAAGAACUCCAUUGCUAAGGCUGUAGAAAAUCAUUGUUUAAAUUGUGGACUCAGACUUGAUUUGGAUGUGACUGUUGUGUCAAUUCUACCCUUUAAUUUGCUGGCUACAUUCACCACACUCUUGAAGCAUGCGUCCAAUGUUGAUUCGAGGUCCAAGAAAUUAGUUUUGGAAGUUUUGAAGAUUUUCACUGAACAUUUUGAUGAUGUUGAUGUGGGUUCUCCACCUCAUUUGUCUGCAAAAGAUACUGCAUCAGAUGUGAACAAUGGCACCAGAGCAAGCCCCCUAGUUCCUAAUGUUUCGGGUCGCGACAUUCCCAUUAUCUCUCCUACUGAUAAUACUUCCACUGCUCUGAAUCCUAAUCAAUCUAGUAUUCAUUCUACCCUUCGUCUGCCAGCUUUGUGCCCAGAAAAGCAACCUUCUGUUCAUACCCAGUUUACUAACAAAAAUUCAAAUCUGCAUAGCGAUCAUGAUGGCCGCUCAGAUUUGAUCCCAUCAUCGUCAAAUCUCAAUUCUUCUCUGUUGAAUCAGGAACAUGUUACCAAAUUUUUAGACAAGUUGACUCGCAUGAGAAAUUCUCCUGCUACUCCUAAAUCAAGCAGUAAAGAUUUUAUACGCCCAGCCAGCAGUUGUCCUCCUAGCUGGUUCGCUGAGGAAAAGCUGAGGGUUGCCAAUUCUAAGCUUAGUACCGGCAAGUCAGUCUUCCAAUCUGGUGUUGGGUCUCUUCGGACUGCUCUUCAUGACAUUUCCAAUGGCAAUAUGUUUGGUACUCAACAUUCUCGCAAUCCAACUCCCAACAGUUGCAAUCGUGAUCUUGGCAAAGAUAUCAUCAUGCUUGAAGAUGAUGUUGAAUUUGUACCAGAUUCCUAUUCACCUAAUUCCAGACCUUCUAAGAGUGGAGCUAUGCGUGAUAAGGAGGAUUCUCCCCCUAGAUUUACACCAAAUUUGUCAAGCAAACGCCCAUCUUCUACUUCUAAUCGUAAUGUCUCUUUUGCUUUGCCAUCCAAAACUUUGGAACUACAGAAAUCUCCUAAGGUUCAAGUCUUGAGGGAAGCUAGUUUGGUUCAGACAGUUCGCAGUAUGACUAGAAGGUCUGAUGAAAUGUACAAUAAGAAAUUCUCUGCAACGCCAAGUAGCAAGGCAACUCCAUUUUUGUCUACUACCCCUACUGCUCUUGAUGAUGCAUCAACCAACUCUUCAUAUGGUUUGCCUAGAUAUCAGCAUAGAGAUUCUUCAACUGGUGGCAAAGUUCCAAUUCAUGGUCCAAGAAGAGUUGUUAAGCCUGGCCCUCUCUUCAACAUUGACUUUGAAACAACAAAGAAAAAGAUUUCUGUGUCUAAAUCAGAGUUGAGGAACUAUAAAGCUAUAUGCAAUCUUGCCACUUCCCAGUUCAGCAAUGAGGAUGCAGUUUCAAUUGCUAAAGUUCAUUGCAUUUUUUGGUCUCUUGGAGAAUCUUUGAAACCAGGCGGAUUAGUCAAUUCCUUUGUAGUUUCAGUAUUUUGCUACAGUCUUUACAUGAAUCCAGCUAGGGCCCAGAUGUCUCCAAGUCUCAUUAUUUUUUUGCCAACAUUGGUGUAUGUAUCAAAUUUUAUUGUUUUUAAAAAUGCCCCCAGCUUUGUUCACCUUUUCAUUGAAAUAACAUCAAAUUUUUUUCAUUGUGUUUGCUGACAGGAGAACUUGUACAAGGAUUAUGAUGAUGCCAACCAAGAUACCAUAGCUCGUGCUUUCAAAAGAUCCUCGAGGAGUAGACCUCUUAAUCAUUCCAACAAUGUAUGUUUUCUCUUUUUAUAAAUUUUUUUCAUUUGUUUAUUUUCCUAAUGCAGUUGUAACUUUAAAUUUUAAAAUUCAUUCAUAUUUCAAUUUUUAAAUUUUCCUAAUGCAAUUGUACUUCCCAAUUUGCAUCAAUGACCAUUGGUUUGUAUUCGUGGUUGAUAUUAAAGAUCGCAAGUUUGUCUUUUUGGAUUCUUUGUACCACAAAGAUCAUGAAUUUCAGGGAAUUGCAAGAGAUCGAUUGGUUAGUUAUUAUUUAUUCUUUUUUUAGUGUAGACAUUUUGUUAAUCUUUUUGUUUGUAUAUAGACAUUAUUAUUAAUUUAUCUUUUUCCAAUGCCACUUGUUUUGUAUUUUUUCAUAUUCCUUCCUUUCAACUUUACUGGGAUAGAUUUGUGCAAGUUGGAAUGGGUUUUGAUGAGUAUGAGGUCUUUUAUCCUGAUGUGCCCCUUCAACCAUCAGAUAAUAUUGCUGAUUUUGGCAUUUAUGCGAUGAUGUUUCUUCAAUGUUGGAAGUCUCCAAGAUCUGUUUUGCGCAACAUAUUUGAUUCUUCUGACAUUCCAAUUAUAAGAGUUAAAAUUGCCAAUGAUCUACUAUUUCUCCCUGGAAAUUCUGGAAUGAAAAAUCGUGUUAUAGAAUAUGAGUUCUAAGGAAGGCAAGCAUUGAAGAUCAGCAGCUUUCAUCGCCUCAACAUCAACUCGAAGCUCAAGAAACAUGUUUUAGCUUACAGAUCACACUGAAAACUAUAGUAGCGUAGUACUAGUACUGUUUCCAGUUCGGAAAUCGCAGAAUCUGGAAUACUAGGUAUUAAAUACUUUUUGUAAUAACAAACAACACUUCUCCUCAAUUACUGUUGAAGACUAGUUCACAAACAUUAUGAUCUCUAA